CCAGCCCAUCAUCUGGUAUAAAGCCAGCCCUGCUGGGGUUGGGCAGGGAUGUGGGGAAGAUGUUUCACAGAACUGAAAGCUGCUGUACAAGAACAGCACAGCCUUCCAGGAUUCUAUCCUCAGGAAGAGUGCUGCUCUCCGGGGUGGGGUGCCCACGCUGUGUGCCCAGGUGUGCAGCGCUCUGCACGCACAGCCGAUGUGCUUCCUGCUGAAACCCGCACCAUUCGCAGCCCAGUCAGAGGGAAAGGAAGGCUUCUUUUCCUGCAGGCAGCAUUAUUAAGUGUGCAGAGCUUCACCCAAGGGACAAGGGCCUGUGAUGCUCUGGCUCUGCAGAGGAGAGUGGAUGUGUGCCUGGCUGUCCUAGUUGCCUGUGGCAUUGGGACUGGUCUCACUGCACUGGCCACACAAGCAUCUCUUUUCAGAGCAGUGCACCUCUUCUCACGCUGCAGGUAUGAGACGUGCUGCAGCAACGCGCCCAUGCGCCUCACCCCACCGCAGGGCAUCUCUGCACCCACCUGGCUGCUCACCCCAUCAAAGAAGGGCCCAAACCUUUCAGAGUCAUUCUUCAGGCUGCAGGCUUGUCCUGGGGAUGUUGAGCCCCUCACAGCUAUCAGCAAUGUCCCCACCACAGGAGGCUUAACAGGACACCCCUCUUCCUUGCAGGCAGCGGCGGUGACAACCGGUCUCCUCAGAGACCACCUCCCCACGCCCUCAUCAGCAGCUCUCCAUCCCCGAGCUCCACAACACCUGCUGAUGCCCGAGCUCAUGCGUGUCUGUGGAGCAGAGCCAAGCUCUCUCCUUUGCUCUGCAUGGGGAAAAUGUCCCGUGCUGCUUGGCCCCGGGACGAUCUCUGCCAGACGAAAUAGAGUAGAGCCAAAGGGACUGCAAAUCCUUAAAAGCAUCAAAGACUGAGAAAGUACUGCUGACAGGAAAUGACUGUGGCAGGUUGCUUCUACAGGGAUGCUCGCUGAGAAAACCCAGCACCUCGCUCCCAGCAGCACCACGCUGGCAUCACUCACUAAGAGCCACUCUCCCACAGAGCAUUGCACAUGCUGUGGAGCCGACCACAGGGCUGCGCAGAUGUGUUUUGUCUCAAACCAUUUCUGUACUGGUGAGUGGAAGACAAGAUCAGUGUUCCAAAAGCAUGGAUACAGAAGCGCAGCUGGGAGAGAGAAAAGGAGAAAUAUUUUUCUCCAAUGGCUUUAUUGUUUUAUUCUCAUCAGUCUUCUUAACCAGAAAAUAAGUACAUUUUUGGUGAAGUACUGGUGCAGAUAACUCACAGGAAAACUUUAGGAUCUUCCUGAACAUUGCCCAGAGCUCUAUGUCUGUAUUUUGGUGUUCGUCCUCUCUCUGCAGGGAUGUGUGCUGCCUACAGCCUUCUCAGAGCCCCUGGCCUCCCUGCACUGCCACAAGUGCUGUGAGAUUGUGGGACUGCAGCACAGGAUGCAGCAGAAACCCAGUGCUGUGAUCUGAGGCAGAGGAAGAGCACCUGACUCAUUGGACAAACUCAAUUCCGUGGCUUUCCUAUUCCCACUUAUGAGCAGAAAUGGUAAAGGACCUCCACUGUCACUUUUUAAUUUUAUUCUUUUUUAAAUUUUUAAUGAAGACACUUUGCAGGCAGACCAUGCUUUACACAGGUAUUCAUAUGCCUGCUGCAUUCAGCACAAGGGAGCCCAUCUCAUACCAGAAGUCUUGGCAAAUAGCACUGGAAUACAAAGUCCUUAAUCCCAGUCCAAGCACUUCCUAUGUUUUGCUCUAAAGCUUGGACAAGGUUUCCAUUGCUAACUUUCUCUUUACCUGCUCAACUUCUGUUACAGAAUUCUGGCUGUUGGUGUCUCUUAGAUGUAUUUUCGUACAGUGUUUUAAUAACAUGACUUGAAUUAUAAAACAAAUUUGAGAUUGAUGUAAAUCUAGCUUUAGCCGUUAUUAAAUCCAAAGAAAGUCAUACGUACCAUUGGGCCUAACACCUAGAAAAUAAAUAUGCACUUCUCAGCCAGAAGCAUUAGAUGCACCAGAAAGUCCAUUGUCUGAUGGAAGAUGCGUGGCGUUGCUAGCACCCAGCCGGAACAGAGCAGGAGGAUAUUGGAGCUCCUGGGAGGGGUCAGGACAUUUGUGAAACAAAUACGUGGGUGGAUUGCCAGGCUGCAAGCUCAGCACAUAUGAAAUAAAUACAUAAAUAACAAGAGCUCUGCAACUGAGAGCUGUGUGUGUGCAGGUGGCAGUAGGGGCUGGGGGCGGAAGGUGGUGUGUACUGUCAGUGUCCAGA